AUGGACGCAAUCAAGACUGCAAUUGCGUCAAUCGAUUUGCUAGAACCAUACAGGGCAACUGCCAGCUGCAAUCGUGGUGAGAACAUGGAAACAGAACGGCCUUCCAAGCUUGAGUCCACAAAUCAACUCCUCCACUCAUUCCCAUCCUCCUCCCGCAUUUAUUCCACUCGCGUUCAUUCCGCUCGCAUCUCCAUCCGUCUGCAACUCAUUGUCUAUGAGCUCCGUGAGUCUCGGCGAAAUAUCAGCCUGGGUCGACAGUGUUGGAUCCACGCCGCAAGACCUGUAUGUGUGCCAUGUCUCAUUUGCACCCAACUUCGACUGAGUGCGUCUUCCUCUGGCAGAUCAGUCCCCUCGCUUUCCCCGCAGGCGUAUAACGAUAAGGAGAAGCCGCGACCGGUGAACAAGAUCAAACGCCGUUUCAUGGACGACAACGCUCACCCCGAGGAUACGCCUCGGCCUUCCAAGCAACAGCGCGAUGCGGAUAAUACGCCGCAAACGCCUCUGGGCGAGCUGGGUUUUGUCCCAUCCCUCUCACCAAGGAAGAGCAACGCAAGUACCUCGGAUAUCACAAUGGCAUCAAAUCAGAGCAGCCGUUUUGGUCCUCUUAGACAGCUUCAGGUGCUGGCGGAUGACCAUCAGCCAAUUUUGUUUCGCAAUUUUUGCGAUGUUGAGGAUUAUGAGGAACGUGCCGACGUAGCAACAAUGCGCUGUGCCAUUCAGCGCCUCGCAGAUGGCGUGGGAAUACUCGGAUAUGAAGAUGUUCAAACGGUCACGGCCUCGCUAUCAUCGACAAUGGACCGGUUACGAUUUGAGUAUUCCUGGGCGAAUGAGUGCCCUCAGCGCCUCACGUACGGCGGAAUGCCCCCACUGGCGUGUUUAGAGGCUAUUGUGAGGAAGGGAUGGGCUAGGGACCGGGGACCUGGGGAUUCAAAGGACAUUUGGCAUAACUAG